GGAAAAAGAAAAUUGGUCGUCCCCAGUGGUCGUUGUCCCAGAUGUCACGGUCGUGCCGUCGAGGCGAGUCUAGAGCACGCGUGAACAGGAGCAGCGGGUAAUCCCGAUAGCGAGUGGUUGUUGGAUCGGAGGGAAAGGUCGCGAAGCCUGUGAGAUAAACGGGAUCGAGGAGACGGAGGAAGAUCGACGCGGUUGGCCUGACUCGGGGUUUCGGCGUCGGGAGAUCAGGAUCGGAGGAGACGUAUUAUUCUCGAGAAGAAGAACGGUAACGCGACCUCCUGCUCGCAGGGGGUUCACGUCGAGAUGACGUGGCGGGGAAGAUGAGCGCCGAGGUAACGAAGGAGGUGGUCGCCACCGAGAGGGUAACAGGAAGCCCUCCGGCGGCGGUCGCGACCUCGCCGAGCUCGAUCGGUCCAGGUGAUCCGGCGCGUCACCUGCCGCCGUUCAGCAGCUUCGCCGGGGACAACGCGAUGGACAGCUCGACAACACUGACUACCCUUCACUCGCAGGACGUCGGACUCGGUCUGACGUCCUCCUGGGACUACUACGAAGGACUGACGGGUCGCUUGAUCGAUUCACGGGGCGAGGUGGUGCUCGCCAGCCAGUACAGGCCAUGGGAGUCGAAGAACGCCGGCGGUGGCGGUGCGCCGACCGCCGCGGCAGCCGCCGAAGGUCUGCCUAGCUUCGCGAGUCAAUUUACGGCUCCUAGCGAGGCAGAGCCUCAAUUAACCGCGCUCACGCCAUUGUCGCCAGCCUCGAUAUCGCACUCUCCACCUGUCACGUCGGCGGUCGGCCUGCCUAGCUUCCACACGCUGGGCACGCCGCUUCCUACGCCUCAUCCGCACAGAGGUAGCGUCGGGUAUCCGUUGGUACCGGCUCCCGUUCAGGCCAGAGAGGUGCCCGCGCUUCAGCAGCAGCUGCUCGACGAGCGGCACAUCCAGUUGUUGGGAUCGAGCCCGGUCCAGGCGUUCCCGCCACCGCCACCCGGUCAUCCUCAUCACACGGUGCUGACCGUGGUGAAGCCGGAGUAUCCGCAGUUGCAUCACGCCAACUUCCAGAACCCGAUGUCCACGGUGCUCGAUUCGUCGCCCACGUCCAGGCCGAUCGGCAUCGACGGCAGGAAGAAAGAGCGCAGAAAAAUACGCGCCGGUUCCAUGGAAUCCGAGGACAGCGCUGGCGCCGGCAACGUGGAGAGCUCUGGCCAGGUAGCCGCGGUCUCGUCCACGGCCAACCGGGGUCCUCAUCACCUGGGUGGCGGCAUGGCCGACGCGGACGGCGACGGGGGCCUCAGCGACAAGCCGGCCAAGAAGAAACGCAAGCGGUGCGGCGAGUGCAUCGGAUGUCAGCGUAAGGACAACUGCGGUGACUGCGCGCCGUGUCGGAACGACAAGAGCCAUCAGAUCUGCAAGAUGAGGCGGUGCGAGAAGCUCACGGAGAAAAAGCACCUGUACCACCUACAGACUGGCGAGGGUGCGUUCAGGGAGAGGGGCAGAGGACGGGGCAAGGGUGCGACCAGGAGUUAUCGGAAGAUCGCCCGACAAGUGAGCACACCGGACAGCGCGCCGGCAGGCUUAGGCAGUCCUCAGGCUGGAAUAGGCGGGCUGCAGCAGCACCAGCAACAACCGCAACAGCAAACGCAACAAACGCUUCAUCAGGCGGAUCCCAUGCAGCAAUCCAAGGACAAUCUGAAUCCCGCGGCGAACCAGCAAACCGGGGCACUUAGGAACGGAAAUCCUCCGCCUCCUGUCGUUUCUAUGUCACCCGGAGUGAUGCCAUUCUACGGCGAUUCUGGCGCCGGCUUCCGGCCAGCAGCUGGCUUUGGGAAUACUGUUUGGCACCAGGGAGUUGCUCCCGUGGGAACAGUUGCGGUUGAAACGUCAGCAGCGCCAUGGCCACCUCAGCAGUUCAUUCAACAAAUUCCUGCUCCGAAUCAGCUCGAAGAGCUGAGGUAUCAUACUCAAUACACCACCGCCACGCCAUACCAUCCACAACCAGUCGCAUAUCAGCAGCAGACUUUCAUUACUACGGAUCAGUCGGCAUUUCAACGUGCCGGGGCGACAGGACAAUACACAAUCACGGGGCAACCCUCGCCCUUGCCACCGGUCGCCCCACAAACCGUACCAUCGACAGCUCAGAGGCCACUAAACGGUCAAUUCAUGGAUCCCGCUGCUACUGCAACCCAAUCAGUUGGUUAUGAAAGGCAGGAUUACGUCAAUGGUUACCAACAACAGGACGUGACGAUGGCACCGCCGCCUUCAACCACCCCUACGAGUCGUAGUAGUUCCGUACACAUGGACAAUCAGCAGCAACAACAGGCCUCUCAGCAAGCACCGUCACAGCCACAGCCACCCCCGACGGAUACACAGGUGAAGGGAUUCGCGACAAUUGCAGCCAGCAACGUGUCGGGAAACGAGAUGCCUGGGUAUCCACUUCAACCGGGCCCACAGAGUUUACACAACUCUAACGGAUAUCCAGGCUACGUGGAAAUGGGUCAGCAACAAGUACAGAACCAAUGGCAGCCGCAGCAGCAGGUGGCUCAGCAAUCGCCGCACCAACAACAGCACAUGCAACGGCAGCAUGCGGUAGCUGACGGUGGCCAACGGCACUUAUGGUCCGAUACCAGUACCAGUGCAAAAAUGAACAACGUAAGCGGCAACAUGAACUGGUCGGAUGGAACGUUGCAGCAGCAGCAGCAGAAAUCUCAACAGCAGCAGCAACAGGGUAUGCAGAGUAACAACAUGAAGGCGCAAGAGACGCAGCAGAGUAUGCAGAUGCAGGGACAACAGGAACUACCCCGGCCAGCCAGUCACAUGAGCUGGGAGAACGGCAGCGUGAAGGAAACCCCGCAGACUCCGCAGUCGUGGACAGACAAUACAGACAACAGUCAGCAGCAACAAACUCAGGGAAAUUGGUCGCGGCAGAGCCCGAAGCUGAGGGACGCGCAGAAUCCAAGAUUGACACCGUCUAGUCAACAACAGCAGUCCCAGCAUCAAGGCUGGCUGCAGCAUUCGCCGAAAUUGUCGGACCAUCAACAGAAUCCGUCUCACCAGAACGCCCGGAUGACGCCAUCCGGCCAACACAAUUGGCAGCAGAGCAGUCCGGAGAUGCAGCAGAACUCGGGUCAACAGAAUCCGAGGCUGACGCCGUCUAGCCAGCAAAUGGCACAACAUGGGACGCAGCAGCAGCAGCAACAGCAGCAGCAGUGGUCACAACAGACGAAGAUCGAGAAGAGUCCCAGACUUACUCCGUCUAAUCAGAUGUCCUGGCCAGACACGCCAACUAGUCAACCGAAUUGGUCGCCGAAUAGUAUAAAGAGCGACAGUAGUCAGCAACCUCAACAGCAAUGGCCAGAUUCGCAGCCUAGUCCAAGAAGAACGCCUGGCCAUCAGCCGGGCGCGUGGCAACCUCAGCCACCGACGCAGGAGAACAAAAUGGAGAACCAAAUGUCUUGGUCGCCGAACUCGGUGGCCGAGAACCAGCCAACUUGGGGCCAACAAACUACCAAACAAGAUAUGCAGAACUCCGGAGAAAGAGUGCUUUGGCAGCAACAGGCCACGGACACUGGGAAACCGAAUGGAUUCUCGGAUAAUCAGGAUGCUCAGGAGAGUAACGUAUUUGCUCAAUCCAAUCGCGUGAAUCUGAACAGCCGACUGAAAUCGAUGAUCUUGAACAAGCAGCAGCAGCAGCAACAGCAGCAGCAACAGCAGCAACAGCAGCAGUUACAGCAUCAGCAGCUUCAACAGCAGCAGUCGCAACAGCAAUCUCAACAUCAAAUGAGCCAUCAGGAGCAACAUCACAACUUGCAUCAUCAAAUGCAGUCUCAACACGUGAACAGUAACAGCGGGGCCAACGGAGAGUAUCACACCGAAGAUCGGAUACGAGACACGCAUGACAAUACAGACAAGUUGCAAGAGAAACAGGCGGAUCAGUAUUUGAACCAGUCGAACAUCAUCUCCAUGGCGCAAUCCAACGAAUCCCUGACCGGUAAUUUUUUAUUGCAUAGCCACCACCCUCGGGUCGAUAGUUUGCCCGAUGGUGGUGGCUUAUGGGAAUGGUCAGGAGGAGGUAACAACGCAUUGAACAACGGUAGCAUGCUGCCGGAGAGCGGGAUGACGGUCAUCGAAAGCUUCAUAAAGUUUGGUUCAGAGGAUAAGACCGUGCUGGAGAAACCGUACGAGAAGCAACAAGCGCACUAUCACCAGCAGUCGCAACAGCAGCACGACCAUCGACAGUUAUGGAAGGAAGGAAGUAAGAGCCACGACAAUCAGAACAUCGACGAUAAAUCAUUUCAGAGGAGAUUGUGUAUAGACCAACAGACCAACGAGAGGACGUACGAUCCUUGCGGGAACAGCGCGAAUAACGAUAAGAACGAGAUGAGAAACAACGUUGCUUUUCCAGAGACGCCUCAGGUACCAUUGGUGAACGACAACGAUGUAUCCAACUAUCCAGAAAGCAGCGAAAAGAUAGCGUCCACGGAGCAGGCCAACAGCUCCAACUGCGAUUCCUCUCAGAACAUCAAGCAGGAGAACAUGACCGAGUACGGCUGCUCCAGCUCCGACUGCGUUCCAUCGCCAGCNNNGGUGUCGCCGGGUGUCGGUUCGUGGUGUUGUCGGAGAGGCGGUACCGAGCAACCGACCCCCGAACACUUGCGGGAGGGUUGUUGCCAGGGCUUGCAAACGAGGGACGAGAUACUGGCCGACUCGGCGGAGAAGUCUGACGUUAAGAACGAAGGUCCGCAGAGUCCGCGUAACAGUGGGGUGCCAUCGACGACAAAAUUGCAAGAUCACUUGGACAAACUGAAGAACAAUGUGAGGAGCGAAGUGCCGGACUGCAACUGCUUCCCCGCUGACAAAUGUCCGCCAGAGCCCGGCUCGUACUACACUCAUCUCGGGGCGGCUGCAAGCCUGCCUGACCUACGGAACGAUCUUGAAAGAAGAACCGGCCUUAAGGGAAACGCCAUUAGAUUCGAAAAGGUGAUCUACACUGGAAAGGAGGGCAAGACUACCCAGGGAUGUCCGAUGGCUAAGUGGAUAUUGCGACGAUCUGGUCUGGAAGAGAAGAUCCUGACCAUAGUGAAGCACCGACAAGGGCACAAGUGUCCAACAGCUUGGAUCGUCGUAGCCAUGGUUGCCUGGGAAGGUGUGCCUACUCACGAAGCCGAUCGGAUCUACUCUCUGUUGAGUCACAAGCUAAAUCGAUUCGGUCUUCCCACGACUAGACGGUGUGGGACGAACGAACCGAGAACAUGCGCUUGUCAAGGCCUCGAUCCCGACACUUGCGGUGCAAGCUUUUCCUUUGGAUGUUCCUGGUCCAUGUAUUAUAAUGGUUGCAAAUACGCCAGAAGCAAAACCGUCCGUAAAUUUCGAUUGUCAGUACGAUCAGAGGAGCAAGAAGUCGAAGAAAGAAUGCACGUCCUAGCCACACUUUUAUCGCCUCUGUAUCUUAGCCUUGCACCGGAAGCGUUCAACAAUCAGACACAAUUCGAACGGGAAGCUAGCGAGUGUCGUUUAGGAUUUAAACCCGGCCGACCCUUUUCCGGUGUUACGGCCUGUAUCGAUUUUUGUGCGCAUUCUCAUCGUGAUCUUCACAAUAUGAACAACGGAUGUACCGUGGUGGUCACCAUGACGAAACAUCGAUCUCUUUCUAAACCUGAAGACGAGCAGUUGCACGUACUCCCCCUUUACAUCAUGGAUACAACAGAUGAGUAUGGGUCGAAGGAAGGGCAGGAUGAGAAGGUUCACGCUGGAUCUGUAGAAGUUUUAAGCAAAUAUCCCUGCGAAGUGAGAGUUCGAUCGGUUCCGCUGCAACCCUGCAGACGACAUGGCAAGAAAAGGAAAGAAGACGAGCCAGACACUAUUAACAGCAAAAAGGAUGGAAACAAAAACACUGGUGAGAAAGCAACGGAACCAGGCCGGGUACCAGGGCAUCAGGACCUAACUAGACCGCAAAUGAGGGACACUCAAUUAUCUCUAGAAAUGGCGUCCAUGUUCGAAGGAAUGGAUGCCCAGUUGCAAAGCUCUCAGGUAUCUUCCACUGUCCUAGACAGUCCAGUGUCUAUGUAUCAAGGAUGGGGUUACCAGAACGAGCAGCAGUGGGGUAGAAACGGUUGGCUCGAUCAGCGAAAGAACAACUGGUUAAACCCGUGGAGGGAGUAUUCGUUCGGUGGCCUGGACAGAGACACGAAAGUUGAUCCAGACAGUACGAGUCUGGAUGAUAUCAGGCCUAGAAGCACUGUCUCUCAGGAUGAACAUCGGCCAGGAUCUCGAAAUUUACCCAAUUCCACCAUGGACUCCCCAAGGAAUUGUUAUCCACACUCACCGAGAGCUCACCCUAUUUCACCAAGGAGUUCUCACACUGGAACACCAGCGGAUAUUGCAUAUUCGAUGUCUCCUAGGGGAUGUCCCCCUACGCCGCAAGAACAAAAGAUUGCUUCGCCAAGAAGCUCUGGGUAUCCGGAGGCAGGCUACGGUCAUCCACUUCCCACCUCUAGAACUUAUCCGAAUAUGUAUGACACCAGGCAGUGUAGUGCAUCCCCAAAGACAGGCUGUACAAAUUUUCCGCCCCAUUUGGAUCAGAGAAACGCACUCAAUCGAAUGAACCAUCAUCAAUCGCACAAUAUUAAUAAUCUUCGAAACGUCGGCCAGAACUGCGAUCAGUCGAAAUUUCCGUACUCCAAACCUGCGCAAGAUUCUAGUCAACAAAAAUACCCUACCACGCAGAACUACUUAGAGGCUCAGAAGUCGCAGAUCGAGCAGCCGUUCGUGAACAGGAUACAAGGCCACUAUCACCCACCUCACCCUGUGCAGUCGAGUAGAAAUCUUCCAUACCAAGGUCAGCACGAAACGAAUGCGGACAUGUUCUCCGGUCUGUCGGUGUCUUCUUGCAUGGACAACGCUAGUCAUAAGGCAUUCGGUACUACGAAUCCGGAUCUAUUACUACACAGUGCGUCGCAUCUUCCACCGAACAAUCCACCGAACGGUACUCAGAGUUUAGAACCGAUCGACCAGAGAAAGUAUCGAAUGUAUAAGGCUCCCGAACAAAAACCACCCGGUGCCAUUAAUCAGAUGUCACCGGCGCCUUCUGAUCAAAUGGGAGGCUGGAACAUGCUCGGUACUUGGUAUCCCGACCAAAAUAAAUCCUACGAUCAACAACAAGUUUAUAACAAUCAAAUCGGUGCCGAAAGGAUUCACCACCAACCCAUAGAACACCAGAAAACAUUUAAUUGGAACGACAGAGUACCUCAUCCGGAUCAAUCGAAACCACCUUGCUGGGAAACACCUACUGAUCCCUCCCCCUUCAGGGUGCCAAAGGGUAGACCACCGUCAAGGACAGCGUCGAGCCAAAAUCCAAGCAUAGACAAUACAUAUCAAAAUUCUUCCAAUAGAACGUUCCUUAAGCCUCAGGAGCCAACACGGAAUGGCGUGUACGCGGACAGUCCGAGCAAUAGCGCAGUACAAAGCAGCGGAGCGAUGCAUCAGGGUAAUCAUCGAAGACCAGAGUGGCCGGAGGAUAAGAUGAAGGAUGGUUUCCACGACUCCAGACAGAACAUCGCGAAUCCGAACACGAAUUGCUUCACAUGGGCGGAGGAGAUGAAGCAGGUUCAAGACUUCCAUGGGAUGCCGGGCUUGGGGCACCCUCACGCUUCCUUCCCACAAUAUGGACUAUAUCCAACGUACCCUGUCUUCGAUAAACCAUACUCCAACUCCUGGGAAGGCUACAAUUACCAUCAACCUUAUCCCCACCCCCAAACACCAGAGUAUCCGCCUCAAUUCUAUCAACAACCAAAGAGAGAAGCCUGUUUUCCUUCGCCCCAAUACCCCUAUCAAGGAGUGCCCCCGUAUCAAGGUCUAAAUCCCGGCUGGGCAAGGUGGGACACUCCUCGAUGGGACAUUUACGGGCCACCACCGUACUUCCCGGUGUUACCAGAGCCUCCUCCAAAGGCGGAACCACUCGGAGAGGUGGCCGACUAUUCCGACAACGAAGAGUGCUUCAAGGAUUCGCAGAUGGGCGGAGUCGCCAUUGCGUUGAGCCAUGGUAGCGUGUUGUUCGAGUGUGCUAAGCACGAAAUGCACGCCACCACGGCCCUCAGGAAGCCUAAUCGUCUCAAUCCAACCAGGAUCAGCCUGGUCUUCUAUCAACAUCGGAAUCUAAACAGACCAAGACACGGUUGGGACGAAUGGGAGGAAAAAAUGCGACUCCGGAAAUUAGGCGUUGCGACGACCACCACUACCACCACCACCAACUCGUCGACUACUUCGCAGUCACUGUCCACCCCGUCAACACCAACCAGCCCAGCCAGCGCCGUCAUCAGCGAAAAAUCCACACCGCUACCCUACAUACCUAGCGUCCCUAGCUCUCAGUUCAUGAUGAGAUCGCCCACUUACACCACGAUGACCUGGACCACCCUCUUCCCCAUGCAUCCGUGCAUGAUAACUGGCCCGUAUCAGGAGGGAGGGGCCAUUGGAUGAGUAAUCGUUGGGGGGUGCGGUUCCAGCCAUCGAUGACCAAGAACCGUGCCAGGAAUCGAUCGAGCGAUCUCGUCGGGCUGAUCGAGUGGAACAGUGGAAAUUAGGUGGCAUGACCUGGCGGCACACUGUUCGAUGUGUCGUGCGAGUACGACCUGGAGAACCUGAAACGUAUCACGGGAACAACGAGGGAAACAGACCAGCAACAUGCAGCUAACAUUUUGUUAGGAGAUCAACGAGCAAAACGACAAACGUCAUCACGUGGGGCUUUCUAUCGUAAUUUUAUCGUCAUUGUCCAAGAUGUGUAUAGUUGUUACUGACAAAAAGAUAGAAGAAGAAGAAGAAACAACACGUUUGCACUGCCAUUUUUCUAUUUCACGUUUUUUCGGGGAAUAUAAAUAAACGUAACAGUCAGGGGUAACGAGAAGGAGCAGGAAGAGGAAAAGUAGCAACCAGCGGUAACCCGUUCGCAACAGACGUACGUCACGGGAUUCAAUUUUAAUCGGGGCUUCCCUUUUUAUAUCGAUCUUUUAUACGAAUCACAGUAGAACGUUGCGAACGGAUAGGAAGAGGAAGAGCAUAUAGGCGGAUCAGGUGAACGGAUAUCGGGCACGAUGAAAAGCUCUCUGUGAUAUCCGGGACACCGCGUAACACUGAAGAUGGAGGAAGAAUACGAGGCAGCUGAUCGACAGAGACGUGUCAUGCGCUUAGAGAAACACUGAUCGCAAUCGAGGCUGAUUUUCACGGUAACUGGAUUAACAACGUCGCGCAAACAAGGCGAUAGCGAUCGACCACGUUCUUUUCACAGAGAAAUAGAGUGACUUCGAUGUGUUAGACAAUUUAGAAUGGAAUGAAUGGAAAGUAAAAGUAUGAGAAAGAAAGACAAAAGAAGAAAAAAACGACAUAAAAAAAAAUGAUGAAAGACGAAGGAAGAAUGAAACGUAUCCGAUUGUACAUUUUUUUCUUUUAAAAGGUCUCGUGUUCUGGUAGAGUCGUAAUCGUAUUUAGCUAGUCCAUGCCUA